CCAGGACUUCUCUCCUUCCCAAAUCUUCUCUGUUACUCUUCUUUCCUAUGAACCUGCGCACGACUCCUCUCUUUCCCUUCUCUGCAACUCUUCUUCAUUGAAUUUUAAUCCUUAUUUGCUACAAGCUCGUGCAACCCCAAUUACUUCGAUUUUCUAUCGUUUUCUGCCACAACCCGCACAAUCCUUAGUUGCUUGACUAGUGGUAGCGUCCCACCAGUCUCUUUCCCUCUCUUUAUAUCUGUCAGUGGUCUUCCUUUCUUGAUCUCCAUCAACAUUGUGAAUUCCUUCUAUUCUUCAGUGAACGCCUUCAAUAUUGGGGUUCAACAAUCACAAAUUUCAGGUUUAGAUUUAAUUUUUCAAGUCGUAGGGUUUAGUGGGUUUUAUAUUUCUGGUUUGAAUUUUCAACCCAUGGAAUGAGAAGACAGCGAUAUUACAGGCUUUGGAAAAUCGGUGCUGUAGAUGAGGAGAGGCUUGAAAGUUGGCGACUUGGAUUCUUUUGUGACUCUAGAAAAGAGUCACAAAGUGACGCCAGCUCCGGCUUCAUUUAAUCUUGUAGGGAAAAUUGGAAGACGGACUGAUUCCAGAGCCCUGAGCAGGUUUUGAUCCCUGCAGAAGGCUGGAUGUACUACUUGCCAUUUUAAAGCUACUUUCGAAACCACUACAAAAAGCAACAGCAUCAGCAAAUUUGGAGCAUCAAGCGUGAAAUCAAACAUACCCUUCUUUUGUGGUUCAGUUCUUAAACCAAAAGGGGGAAAAAAGUGGAGAAGAAAGUAAGAGCUUGAAUGGAUCCGAUGCAGAGUACUUAUGUAAAGCUCCUUGCCUUUGAUUUGUUGUCCCUCUCUUUAAAGUCGUCCUUAUCAUCAUCUUCUUCAGAUCCUAUUUGUUUCUACCGAAAGGGCAGGCCAGUCUUGAGAACUGAAACAUUAGGAGUGGUGGUGAGCCGAGAGCUCAAGUGUAACAAGUUUCUGAAAUUUCUUGUUGAUGAUGGCACUGGUUGUAUCCCAUGCAUCCUUUGGCUCAACCAUCAUCAGUCUCCUUACUUCUCUAGGCACAACCCUUCAGAUGUUAAGCUCCUGGCUGAGAUGGCUGCCAAACAUGCAUCAGAUGUCCAAUUGGGUGUCCUUGUUAGAGUGCGUGGUCGAAUCACUGCCUAUAGAGGAAAUUUGCAGAUUACAGUCUCCGAUGUUUUCAUUGAAAGGGAUCCUAAUGCUGAGAUCCUGCAUUGGUUGGAUUGCAUGAAAUUGGCUUCCAAGUGCUAUGAUGCUCCCACACACCGAAUUUGCUAGGACAUCAACACCAACAAUGAAUGAGAACUUCUCAUCCAUUAAGCCUCUCGUGUAAAUGAAGAAAGAGGAAGAGUGGUUAACGUGUGAAUUGCUAUUGAAGAACCAGACAGUCGUUUUAUCUGUGCUACUUAUGUACUGAAUGCUGAAGACAGAAAAUGGGACUUGGUAUGGAUUAGAAUGUAGCAUCAAUGCUUGAGUUAAUGGAAACAGGAACCAGUUCAUGUCCAGCAACUGUGCGAGUUGGAGAUAGGUAAGGAAUAGAUCUGUCCUUUUAUUGGGCUGCUGAUGUCCAGCAACUGUGAGGGAUUAGAGAUUGAGAGGAUUAAGGAAGGAAAUAUGCUCAGCUGCAUAGGACUUUUCUAGUAUUGGUUUGGCUGUACAUGAGUAGAGGCUUCUCUCUCUCUCUCUCUCUCUCUCUCUCUCUCUCAUAUUUUGUAUUGCAAACAGGUUGAUCUGCACACAACAAAUGGAAAAAAAAAAUUAAGGUUCUUUCUGAGCCUUACUCAUUUCUCUUUCACAAUGUUGGAUUCAA